AACGUAGCUCGUCAUCUUCCACUUAAAUCUUCUGAUUAGCUCCUUGUUGUCUUCGUUUUUCUUGCCUGCCACCAUGGUUGCCGGAUCCAUCACAGAGGUGUGCUCGUCAACUGUUGCCCUUGAGAGGCUGUGGAAGGCUGGUGUCCUUGACGCUGAUAAGUUGAUGCCUCAGAUCGCCCCCCAGUUCAUCUCAAGCAUCGAAGUCCUCGAAGGAGAUGGUGGAGUUGGCACUGUCAGAAAGUAUACCUUCACUGAAGCCGUGAAGGGGCCGGUCAACUUCCUGAAGGAGCGCGUGGAAGCGUUGGACAGCGAGAACAAAAUCUUCGAGUACUCAGUUAUCGAAGGAGGGCUCAUCGGCCUGAGACUAAAGCUGUGUUCAUUUGAGCUCAAGUUUGAGCUUGGAAGUGAUGGCAGCAGUGUCGGGAAGCUCACCUUAAAAUACGAGACCCUCGAUGACACUGAUCUUGGUGAAGAGGAGAAGGGUAUGCUCAUGGAAGGACCCCUGGGGAUAAUGAAGGCUGUGGAAGGAUUUUUGCUUGCAAACCCAGAUGCAUACACUUAAUUAGCUUCUUACGCUGGAAGUAUAUAUAGUACUCUGUAUGUGCUUGUAUAUGAAGAGAUUGCGAGUGCUUGGUCUUGGAGGGGAGCGGUAAUAAGUGAUGUCUUGAUGAGGCAGCCCGAGACAAGGGCCAUGAAUCCCUUAUUUCCUCUGCUAUUCGUGUGUUGUGUUUUUUGCUUAAUUACGUGAGUUCAUAUGGAUGACAUAAUCAGAAGUUUUAGUGGAUAAUAGCAGCUACGAACUUGAGUGUUCCUCUACACUCUUGCAGUUCUAUGUUCAUAAAUCUCUUGGUUUUCA